AUGACGGACCGCUACACCAUUCACAGCCAGUUAGAGCAUCUGCAGUCCAAGUACAUCGGCACCGGCCACGCGGACACCACGAAGUGGGAAUGGCUGGUGAACCAGCACCGCGACUCCUACUGCUCCUACAUGGGCCACUUCGAUCUUCUCAACUACUUCGCCAUUGCCGAGAAUGAGAGCAAAGCGCGAGUCCGCUUCAACUUGAUGGAGAAGAUGCUGCAGCCUUGCGGCCCGCCAGCCGACAAGCCGGAGGAGAACUGA